AUCACCACGAGUUCAACAUUUCUUCUGAACCACUCCAUAUAAAAGGAAAACGGGAAGUGCUGGUCGAGUAAAAAGGAUCAAACCUUGACCAAGAAAGCCACUGCGAGCGACAUCCAGCCAGAUACUCCGCAAAGCGCUGAAACGGCACAACAGACCAAUAUGAACCCAGAGAGCCAAGCCAGAAUCAGAAAUAAGCUGAUUUCACUAUAUAUACCAUUUCUCACAGUAUCUGAAAGGAACUUUGAACAGAGUCAAACUCAAGACACGGAUGAACAGAAAAUCGAGAGAAACAGGCAACACAAGGAACACAAGGCAAUUCACAGACAUGAGCCUAUGACACUUCACGAAUAUUACUACACAACAAUAGAUGAUAGUGUCUUGAGAGACAAAAAACAGGUGCUUCGAGAAUACUUGCAGGGGACAUCGAACAAGAAAAACGUGAGCAAUUCCGACCAAGAGCAGUGUCCGAAUAUGAAGGAUGUGAAGUCCGAACAAGAGCAGUGCUCAAAUAUGAAAAACGUGAGAAAGUCCGACCAAGAACAGGUCGCGAAGAAGACGAAAGGCAGAGGCCUCUGUCACUGGUUACCAUGGGUACAGCGCCCAUCGGCCCCCCCAACUAAGGACACACAGGAGAAGAGCUUUAUCUAUACUGUUGACCAGCUUUGGCUUUGGAUUGUUAACGACGACACAAUUGUCACCGCCACAACAGGUGGCUCAGACGGAUUAGUCGACGCCAUAUUGGACAAUCUGUCUCCUGAUUCAACUGGGGAAGGGGUCCAACGCCCUAAGUCCGCCACAGAAAUGAUGGAACUAAUCAUUGGUAUCGCAACAGAUCCCUCAUCGCAGAGGGUUCCCAUUACGGAUGGUAGCCAAUCUGUUACAGAGCAAAAAGAUGCACUUCAAGUCUUUCAAGAGUCCACGCGUGAUGUGAUUGAUAUUGAAGCCAGCAUAUCGGAAAACUUUAUGACAGCCGUCAAACAGAACCAUUUUCAAAAAUUACCGGAACGGGAUUUCGGCGAAGAAUUUGAUCUUCUGUAUAAGAUCAAAGAAAUCCGUGAUGAGCUUGGUAUUCUCAAAGACAUUUCGAAUCACCAGGAGAUUGUGUGGAAUCAGGCAUUUCCACCUAAGAACAAGAAAACCCCCUACCCGUUCAAGUAUCCGCACCCUCAUAAACCGAGUAUAGUUCAAAAUGAACUGCGAGAUAUGAUGGACGAAGCAAAAUCCGCUCAAGAUUCUAUCAACCUGUUUUUGGACCUCAAGGAGAAAUAUACUGCAAGUCAGGAUGCCGCAUUUGGACGACAACAGGCCUAUACCACUAUGGUCUUCACCAUUGUGACUAUUGUAUUCCUUCCACUUACCUUUUUAUCUUCCAUCUUUGCGCUCGAUAUCGCCCAAUUUCCUCACGGGCCUUCUGGCCGUCCGCAGUUUCAAAGCUGGUGGAUCUUUCCUUUGAUCUUUGGACCAUCCGCAGCCGUUGCCAUCCCAUUGAUCGUCGUCGCUUUCAAUGUAAAUGACUUCAUUGUUACACCCUACUACAAAUGGAAAGUUGGGAUGGCCUCUUCCCACGCCGCUUCUGAUCCCGGACGCCAACCCUCCAGAGGGUCAGAUGAUGCCAGUCAAAACGGUCAUGAACGGUCCCGCUCUAUGUUUCCUAGGAGAACACCGAACAAGCCUGAAGAUGAUAAAGUGUAAGAUGGCUAACAAUUAUCGGGUCAAUACGAUGGAUAUAACGUAACCCACGGUUAAACGGCCCACACGGUUAGGCGGCCCAGCUGGUAAUACUAUAUAAAAGAUCCUUUUUGAACAUAAGAUAUCUCAACCAUUAAAAGUCG